AUGUGCAAGUUUACCAAUCGUUUAUUUGUCCUGGCCUUGCUGCAAUGCGUUGCCUUGGCCCUGCCGAAGCCACUGAAGAGUCGCAGUAGUGCCAGCGAUUUAAUUGAUCUAUUGUACAAUGAUUAUGGUGACUAUGGCUACCAGGUGGAGGAGGUUCACUACGAUCAGAGGCAGAAGGGUACUGAGAACUUGAGAUGGCAUCUAGAUGGGUUUGUUUUCGGCUUACCAGGUCGCGAGGACUACUCCUGGAUGGAACAGCUCUUUGAGACAUAUUCAAACAGUCCACUGGCAGCCAUACGGGAGCCAGUCGAUAUAUAUCCAACAGAGUCUAUAAGUAAUAAAACAGAUCAGACAACAACUCAAGUGGUAAAUAUAUCAACGCCGAAGAAGGAAAUCGAAAGCCGACACAGCCCCAAUUCUAAACUGUCUAGUGCACCUCGGUUUGUAACUCUUAUGGAAAGCCAACUAGAUCAUUUAUUUUUUUAUUUAUUUUUUAUUUUUAUACAGCACAAAAUCGGAAAUGGUGCAGCUUCUAAAAUUGUUUCGACGUCCUCAAGCUUAGAGCGCUUUAAUAUAAUACAUAAAAUCGAAUUUUUAAGCUAUGGCAAAUAAAUAAUAUCUUUGAAAACGAACAAAUGUGAAUUUAAAUUGAAUGUUGAAUAAUAUCCGUUAUAUGGUUAUAUAAAUCUAAAAAUCUAUUCCUUGUUUUAGCGAGUAUUACAGAAAAGUUUUAUACGACUAACAAGAAGCAAGAACAGUAUAAAAUCGCCUGUAAUACUGCUUGAUAUAGUCAUCAAAGUUGUUAGACAACAUCGACAAACAAACAAAGAAAUAUGUGAAACAAAAAUUAUUGAAAAUUUUAAAAAUGAAUUCGGAUAUGCGAAUUGAAACAAAAUGCACCUCUCAGUUAAAUAUCACAUAUGAUAUGAAAAUUGAUUUUACAGAAACAUACUCUCUGUUUCAACAUAAUGUAAACGAAAUUUGAAAAUUGCGCCACUUAAUCACAUCAUAUGAAUAUCAGGGCUGAUACGAUAAAUUUAUCUUUUAAAAAUUCAAUAAAUUAACCAACACUGUUAGUCGAUAAAAAAUCAGGAAUUUCGAUUGAUAGUCGGUCAACUUAAGACCAGCUUGGCACUACUCUUCGUUUUGGCGAAUCAUUUCAUAAACAAAUAGGUGUCCGUGGAGUGAUUUGCAGUAUUUUCGCUCGUUCUACAUCGAAUAUUCAAGAACCGUCGUGUCUAACUGCACGACGAACAAGACCCAGUAUAAAAGCCGAAGUGCAGCCAUUGCGGCUGUAUACAUAGAGAACAACUGCGACGCAAUAGACGACUUCGAAGCAAAUUGUGAAACAAAUAAUCAGCAAAUACAUUCUUUUGCUGUCUACUUUGUCGAAUUAA